CGUAAAAGUAUACAGGUUGAUCGCUGGUUGGACCCCAUCGAUUCGUAUCCAUUCGCCCGGGCACCGAUGUUGGGCAUCACGCGCGCCCACCACCACCUCCUAACAGCAACCUCCGCCGAGUAUCGUCGAUUUCGCAUCGGAGAGUUAGGAGGAUGUGGUGGUGGUGGACGACGGCGCGCACGCGACGCUCCGGCCGAAUCAGAGCGAGGGUGCAUAUUCCUACCUGGACUCCGACAAGGGUCGCGACGGGCUCAGCUCUGGCCGCUUCUGGCGAUGAUGGUCGCCGACUGCCAAUUUCGUCGGUAGGCAGGCCCUUCUCGUUUCAAGAGGGGCGAUCGAGGAGCGCCGUCCUUGCGCCGUCCUCGCUGAAAAAGCAAAACCACGAAUGCUUGACGACGACGUACGUGCCUAUGCAGGCGCCGCCACCGCCCGCCGCCCGCCGCUCGGAGCUCGACGGUGCAGAAUCGGCCAUUGGUCGCCCCGCCAGGCAUCUCUGAGAUGAGCUCGUCUCUCAUUGCUUCUUUCUCCUCCUUCUCCUCCUCCUCCCCCGUAUCGUUCGCCGUCGUCUAAUUCU